CUGUGGCCCUGCCUGCCAGGGCUGCCCAGGCUGCUCUGCUGCAAGCGCGGCGAGCAGCCUGGAAUCAUGACAUGGGUUUUCAGGAAGUCCUGAUGAAGGAUGGUUUGAAGUUCUUUGAGGAUGCUGGAGCUGAACCUGCUGGUGAAGGCCCCACAUCCAGGACUGAGGCUCUGGGAGAUGCUGAGGGUGUGUCUACAGGGAGGAGAUUCAUACGUACGUUGGUGGUUAUUGCCAACAAGACCAGUCUGCAUGGCAGGGUUCCUCCGAAGAGGAAGAUGCAAGACACAACAGAGAAGAUAUCCCUGGAACCAUCCAAACAGAUGCGGCAAGUGCUGAAGAAAAUGCUGCAGGGAGGAAAAGAAAUGAAAGGAGAGCCUCUGCAGAUGGAAGAAUUUCCCGGAGGAAGCAGUGGUUCCGUGCCAGCCUCUGCUGCAGGAAGGGAGGCCAUGCCAGGCACAGGCACAGGAGAUGAGGUUGCUUCUCCAUCAGCUUGGAUGAAUAAAGUUUUGAAGCCCUUGGAGCCUCCUGCAGAUGUGUCUACAGGGAGGACUUCUCCAGCUCCUACCUUGCAUGUUGCACUCAAGCCCAGCUCCCAUCACAGUGGGAAAGUCCAAGAUACAACAGAUAAGAUGUCCCUGCAACCAUCCAAACAGAUGAGGAAAGAGCUGAAGGAACCCCUGCAGACAAGAGAAGAGAUGGACAUAGAGCUUCAGUGGAAGGUGGCAAUUCCUGAAGGAAGCACUCCAUCUUCAAUGCGAGCCCCAGCUGCAGGAAGGAAGGCAAUGCCAGACACGGGCACAGGCACAGCAGACUGGGAUGCUGGGACGGUUCCUCCAUUAGCCUGGCGCUCUGAAGUUGUGAAGCCCUCUGGGCAUUCUGCAGCCGUGUCUGCAGGGACAACUCCACCAACUCCUACCUUGGAUGCUGCACAUAAGCCCAGCUCCCAUGGCAGGGGUCCUCUGACAGGAGAGACCAAAGACAUGGCAGGCAAGAAAUUCCUGGACCCAAUAGAAAUCAUGUGGCAAAUGCUGAAGGAACGUCUGCAGAGAAGGCAAGAAAUCAAAGGAGAGCCUGGGGAGAAAGAAGCAUUUCCCAGAGGAAGCAGGGGCUCCAUGCCAGCCUCUGCUGCAGGAAGGGAGGCCAUGCCAGGCACAGGCACAGGAGAUGAGGCUGGGAAGGCUUCUCCAUCAGCUUGGAUGAAUAAAGUUUUGAAGCCCUUGGAGCCUCCUGCAGAUGUGUCUACAGGGAGGACUUCUCCAGCUUCUCCAGCUCCUACCUUGGAUGCUAUACGCAAGCCCAGCUCCCAUCACAGUGUUACUCCAACAGGGAAAAUCCAAGAUACAACAGAUAAGAUGUCCCUGCAACCAUCCAAACAGAUUAGGCAAGAGCUGAAGGAACCCCUGCAGACAAGAGAAGAGAUGGACAUAGUGCUUCAGUGGAAGGUGGCAUUUCUUGAAGGAAGCACUCCAUCUUCGGUGCGAGCCCCUGCUGCAGGAAAGAAGGCAAAGACAGACACGGGCACAGGCACAGCAGAUUGGGAUGCUGGGAACGAUUCUCCAUUAGCCUGGCGCUCUGAAGUUGUGAAGCCCUCCGAGCAUUCUUCAGAUAUAUCUGGAGCGACGACUUCACCAACUCCUACCUUGGAUGCUGCACAUAAGCCCAGCUCCCAUGGCAGGGGUCCUCUGACAGGAGAGACCAAAGACAUGGCAGGCAAGAAAUUCCAGGACCCAUUAGAAAUCAUGUGGCAAAUGCUGAAGGAAUGUCUGCAGAAAAGAAAAGAAAUGAACGGAGAGCCUGUGCUGAAGGAAGCAUUUCCCGGAGGAAGCAGUGGUUCCCUGCCAGCCUCUGCUGCAGGAAGGGAGGCCAUGCCAGGCACAGGCACAGGAGAUGAGGGUGCUGGGAAGGCUUCUCCAUCAGCUUGGAUGAAUAACGUUUUGAAGCCCUUGGAGCCUCCUGCAGAUGUGUCUACAGGGAGGACUUCUCCAGCUCUUACCUUGGAUGCUGCACUCAUGCCCAGCUCCCAUCACAGGGGUACUCCAACAGGGAAGAUCCAAGACAGAACAGACAAGAUAUCCCUGGAAUCACCCAAAGAGAUGAGGCAAGAGCUGAAGGAACUCCUGCAGACAAGACAAGAGAUGGACAUAGGGCUUCAGUGGAAGGUGGCAUUUCUUGAAGGAAGCACUCCAUCUUCAAUGCCAGCCCCUGCUGCAGGAAAGAAGGCAAAGCCAGACACGGGCACAGGCACAGCAGACUGGGAUGCUGGGAAGAAUUCUCCAUUAGCCUGGCGCUCUGAAGUUGUGAAGCCCUCCGGGCAUUCUGCAGAUGUGUCUGCAGGGACGCCUUCAACAACUCCUACCUUGGAUGCUGCACAAAAGCCCAGCUCCCAUGGCAGGGGUCCUCCACCAGAAGAGAUCAAAGACAUGGCAGGCAAGAAAUUCCAGAAUCCAUUAGAAAUUACGUGGCAAAUGCUGAAGGAUGUGCUGCAGGGAGGACAAGAUUCCUCGGCUGGUGAAGGUGUGCAUGGAGAGCUGCCCUUAUUUCCAGCUGGCGUGGCCAAGGGGUGUGUACCACACGGUGCCAGCAGGCGCCUCUGCCCCGUGCGCAUCCACUUCAGCCCCGAGGAGAACAAGGAUUAUUCCCACGAGCUCACCUGCAUCACUACAAGGGGAAGGAUAGUGGUGCCAAUUCGGGCCAUUGCUGCCCGAGCUGUCCUGGACUUCCCUGAGCAGCUGGACUUCUCCAGGUGUCCAGUCAAGAGCAGCAGCCAGAAGACUCUGCUGCUCCACAACUCUGGGAACCUGGAAGCUCGUUUCCAGCUGAGCACCCAGAGGCAGAGUCUUUUUGGGCAGUCACAGAGAGAGCUGUGCCUGGAAAAAUUAAUGGAGGAGAAAGAAACAGGGAAGGAGAAGGGCUCUUGUGAAGAUCGUGCUGCCCUCCUGAGAGCCCCAGGGGAGAUGGCAAAGGUGCACCAGGACCCCAUGUUCUCUGAUGACGUUUCUUUCAUUGAGCCAAUGGUAAGUGAUAGCUGAGAACCUCAUUUUCCUCCUCUUCCUCCUCUCCCUCUUUCUCCUCCCACCCACUCCAACCCUGG